AUGAGCGGAGCCUACUGGGGGUUGACAGCGAUGGACCUCAUGGGGAGGCUGAAGGACAUGCACAGCCCUGCCAUGCUGCCGUGGCUGCUCUCCUGCCAGCAACCCAAUGGUGUGUGCGGGGGGGGGGGGAUGAGCGGGGAGCCUCUGGGGAGGCUUCCAGAAAUGCACAGCCCUGCCAUGCUGCCGUGGCUGCUCUCCUGUCAGCAACCAGACGGUGGUUUCGGUGGCAGCCAAGGGCAUGAUUCUCACCUGCUCUACACGCUCAGUGCCGUCCAGAUCCUCGCACUACUGGACAAACUGGAUGCUGUAGACGCCGACCGUGUCGCCACCUAUGUAGCAGGGCUACAGCAGCUGGAUGGGUCAUUCAUUGGAGAUGAAUGGGGGGAGGUAGACACUCGUGCCCCAUCUCCUGCCUCUCCCUCCUCGAUCACAUGCACACCUUUGACCUCCCAGAAACCUCGAUUCACUUUCCCCGAGUUCUUGCGUUUAACCCCACUCCUCUCCCCUCCCCCCUUUCCAUUUCUCCCCCUUCCCCACCCCGGCUUCUCCUACCGUGCCGUCCGAUUCACUGUCCCCUGCUUUCCUGCAUUCUCUCUGUUCCACCCCCACCCUUCCCCACUCUUUUCCACACCGCCCCACACCCAUCCUCACCCAUCCAUACUCCCCCUCUCCCGCACUCUCGUUACGCACCUGUCCACACCCCCCCACACCACUCCAUACUUCCCCCCAGAUUCUCCUACUGCGCCAUCUCCUGCCUCUCCCGCUUGGUUGCAUGCACACCAUCGACCUCCCUGCAGCCAUCCAUCCACUCCUCAACCACUCUCCCCACACUCCCUUCUCCCCAACACCCCUGCUUCCCCCUCUCACAGCUUCUCCUACUGCGCCAUCUCCUGUCUCUCCCUCCUCGAUCGCAUGCACGCCAUCGACCUCCCCGCAGCCGUCCAAUUCAUCGCCAGCUGUCAGAACUUUGACGGCGGAUUUGGGUCUGUUCCGGGCGGCGAGUCACACGCUGGGCAAAUCUUCUGCUGUGUGGCGGCUCUGGCAAUAGCUGGCGUGCUCUCAUUGGUCGACCGCGAUCUCCUGGGCUGGUGGCUGUGUGAGCGGCAGGUGCCAGCAGGAGGGCUCAACGGGCGACCAGAGAAGCUGCCAGAUGUAUGCUACUCCUGGUGGGUUCUGUCCAGCCUUGUACUCAUCGACAGGGUGCAUUGGAUCAGUGCGGAGAAGCUACAGCACUUCAUUUUGCAGUGCCAGGACGAGGAGAGAGGAGGCAUUUCCGACCGACCAAACGACAUGGUUGAUGUUUUUCAUACCUUCUUCGGUAUUGCUGGCCUGAGUCUGUUGGAGUACCCUAAUCUCAAGCCAGUGGACCCAGCUUACGCACUUCCUGUGGAUGUUGUGGAUAGGGUUUUCAGAGACAGGGAGCUGAAGCACCUGCAAGCCUAG